UCUAUAAAUAUGAGCUUUGCGCGUGAGAACCAGUGGGAAAGGGACCGGGUGGGUUUAAAAAAACUAAUAAUAAAGUUUAAAAGAAGAUAGAGAUAAUUAUUGCGAAAAAUCCUGAGGGAGGACCAUGCAGUGCAGGUUGCUGCCCCCACCAGGGAUGAGCCUCCAGCUGCGGAAACAGUGUAUGUGCCUCAGUUUCUUGCUCCUUCUUCUGCUGAACAAGAUCGUCCCAGCUCAGAGUUGCCCGUCUUCGUGUCCUGGCGGAUGCCCAGCCCAGCCGCCUGUUUGCGCCCCAGGGGUACCGGCUGUGUUGGACAGAUGCUCCUGCUGCCUGGUGUGCGCCCGCCAGCGCGGGGAGAGCUGCUCCGAACUACUGCCCUGCCAGGAAAGCAGCGGCCUCUACUGUGACCGCAGCGCCGACCCGAGAGCUGAAGUUGGCAUCUGCAUGGUUCUAGAAGAAGACAAUUGUGUGUUUGAUGGCAUAAUUUACCGAAGUGGUGAGACCUUUCAGCCAAGCUGUAAAUAUCAGUGCACCUGCAGAGAUGGACAAAUAGGCUGCAUUCCCCGCUGCAACCAUGACCUGCUCCUUCCUCGCCCUGACUGUCCUUUCCCAAGGAAAGUAGAAGUUCCAGGAGAAUGUUGUGAGCAGUGGGUUUGUGACCCAAAGGAAGAAGUGACUUUGGGAGGCCUUGCACUAGCAGCUUACAGACAAGAGGCCACAUUGGGAAUUGGCAUGUCUGAGUCAAGUCUCAACUGUAUAGAGCAGACUACAGAAUGGAGUGCUUGUUCUAAAAGCUGCGGGAUGGGCUUUUCUACUCGGGUCACCAAUAGGAACCGCCAUUGUGAGAUGAUGAAGCAAACUCGUCUUUGCAUCGUAAGACCCUGUGAACAAGAGGUUGAACACACCAUUGAAAAGAAAGGAAAGAAGUGUCUUCGCACUAAGAAGUCCCUUAAGGCCAUCCAUUUACAAUAUAAGAAUUGUACUAGCACCCAGACAUACAAGCCCAGGUACUGUGGCAUCUGUACUGAUGGUCGGUGCUGCACUCCACACAAUACCAAAACUAUCCAAGUGGCAUUCCAUUGUCCCCAAGGACAAAUUGUUAAGAAACCUAUGAUGCUCAUCAAUACUUGUGCCUGUCACACCAACUGUCCUCAGAGUAAUGAUGCUUUCCUACAAGAGUUAGAACCCAAGUCUAGAAGAAUGAAGAUAUAAUUUGUGUCAGACAAUCAACAUGCUGAUGGAGAAAAAUUGGAAAUAAAAGAAAACAGAUCUAUUCAUCUGAAUGUAAGAUAAAUGUGUUAAGGAUCAUUGACUUUGUCCCCACCUCAGCAUGUAUGUUAAAUGUUCCCUGGCAUUACUUAAUAGCUAACUAGCUUAUUUUGUGUUACCUAAAAGGAAGGGGAAUGUAGGAAAUAAAGCAAGAAGUCCAAGUAAACUAAGUAAAAAGAUAAGGGUCAGUGACAGGUUAAUUUUCUAUGAUUGCAUUUAGACAAAUUAAAGGCACUACAAUUAUAGCAAAUAGCUCUGUAUUUUUCCAUGGUAUGCUGUACACAUUGCAUGAUGGUAUCCUUUUGCCUUUGAAUAGUGUUAGGUAUUCAUCUCAUGAAUGUUUCAAAUGAUAGGAUUAUCCCAGAAAGACACCAACCACAUAAUUGUACAACCAUGUAGUUGUAGAGUCACAUUUUUACUUAAGGGUGUUCUGCUGUUAAUUGAUCUGCAGCCAAAAUUUGGAGAACAUUCAAUAAAACCAAGAUCUAAGCUAACAUGGGAGAUAGGUCUAAUACAGUACUUUUAAAAAGUCAGAACAGAGACUAUUCAUUCAUUUUGACAUGUAUUGUACAGGAAGGGACAUGCAGUGUCUACACAUACAUUGGGUAGGUCACUUAGUGGAGUAACUGACAUCUAAAGGCAAGUUAUUCUGGCUUUACAGGUCAUAAUAAGCUCUGUUGCAUUUCAAAUUCUUUCCAGUAAAAAGGAAAAAUAAAAUACUUAGCCUCUCCAUUGAGGGCAAUGUCACUUUCAAAGAGCUUCUAUUCCUCUCUGUCGGUCCAUUUUCUUUGCCAUUCUGAAGUAUGUUUUAGCUGUCUGUGUUAGUCUGGGGUGCAUUUAUAGCUGAAUUCCAGUCAUGAAGAUAAGCAAUUGCUAUGAUGGUGCUAUAAACCACCAGAAUGGCAUGUGAUCCCAAAUUUGGGACUUAGGUAUGCCUUAUUAAACUGUAUAUGACCCAUAAUAAAACACCCUAUAAAUAAGAUAUAUGUAUACACAUGUAUAUUACUGAGUCUGCUGGAUGUAAGCCACACAAUUAAAUCUGUAAAUUCCUCAUGUUUUGUGCAUUAAAUUUGUUUUCUUGUUAUGUUAACAAAGUAUUCAUGUAAAUAGAGAAACUGUAUAUUUUGUAAAAUAUCUUUUUUUAUUUUUUCUGUAUUUGUCAAACAUACUGAAUAAAUAAGUUUUGAAAAUGUG